AUGACGAAUGACAAAAACAAGAAUUCAUCAAGCUCUCCUCCUGCAAAACGACCCAAGAAGUGUAGCAAUUGCCCUGGUGCAAAGGUAUAUACUUCGAACAAAGCUGAAUACAAGUCGAUGGUUCGUAGACUCACGAGCACUCUUCCAGGGUCAUCUGGUCAAACCAGUCUACGUGUUCCGACACAGGCUCAGGUUAGCAAUCCUCAGCCAAUCAGGCUAAAUGACGCUUCUAUUCCUCCAGGCUCAUCGGGACAAACCAGUCUUCGUGUUACGACACAGGCUCGUGUUAGCAAUCCUCAGCCUAUCAGGCUAAACGGCGCUUCUAUUCCUCCAGGCCCAUCGGGACAAACCGGUCACCGUCUUCCGACACAGGCUCGUGUUAGCAAUCCUCGGCCAAUCGGGCUAAAUGACGCUAUUAUUCUUCCAGUCUCAUCGGGACAAACCAGACUCCUUUUUCCAACACAGGCUCAUGUUAGCAAUCAUCGGUUAAUCAGGCUAUAUGACGCUCCACCUAAUGGGUACCCGGUGGCACAAUCGUCAUCAGCUUCACGGCCCCUUCCGUUUCCAUUCCCAACGGUUUCGAUGCGGCCUCGCACCUCAGCGGCUGAAACAACCACCGAUCAAGCGUCCUCCUCACGGCCUUCUCCGCCGUCGCCUCCAUUACCACCGUCGGUUCCGACAAUGUUGCCGACGUCACCCCAAGCUGUAUGGUCGCCACCACCGGCACCGUUGGUUCCAGCAAAGUUUCCGGAGGUACCACCUUCUUUGCCGGCGGCGACUCCGGUGCCGCCGUCUCCACCUCGAGAGCAAGGGGAAAUGGAAAGGGCUGCUUAUAUGCAGUCCGUUGAGAACAUUCUGAUGGCAGACGACGAUGAUUUUAAUUUGGAUGCGUUAAUGGCUCCACUUCCCUAUGUAACUGGAAUCAUUAACGAGGAGCAGCACUGGGAGAACGUGCCACCACAGGUUCUGACGAACCAACCGUCGGGAAGUCUAAACGUGCCCGAUCCUCAGAAUGGUCGCACGAUGCCAGCGUCGGAACAUGGCUCCAAUUCUCUGUCUGAGAACGUUGCACCACAGGUUCAUGCAACGUCACCGUCUGUAAGUCUACCUGUGCCUGGUUUUACGUAUGAUGGUCUAGAAAUGGAGAAUAUUCUUCCACCUGUUCCUGCAUGGUCACCGUCAAUGAAUCGACUAAACGGGCCUAAUUAUCAGCACAUGUUGCCAGAUGGCAUUGCACCACCCGUUCAUGCAACGUUACCAUCUAAUUCUCAGAACGGUUUAGGAUCCAGUAAUGUCCCACCACCAGCGACAUUUAAGUACGGGUGUCUACAAGGAGGGCCUCAUUCUCAGAACAUUGUGCCAUCUGAUAACAUCCCACCACCGGUUGCACCGUCCGGGCCUAAUCAUCAGAAUGAUCAUCAACAGUUGGGGAAUGCUUUACCAUCUGAGAGUCAACUAGGUUGGCCUAAUCCUCAUAACGGUUUACAACAAGGGACUGUUCCGGAAAAUGUACCUUCUGGUAGUUCAGAUUUGUUUAAUUAUUCCACCACCUAUGAAGAAAAGCAGCGUCUCCUUGAACAAAUGGGUUUUGGAACUGUACCAUCAUGGGAUUUAGAUUAG